AUGAUUAAACAACAGCAACCACAGCAACUUAAGGCACAGACCAUUACAUACGCCACAUAUGCAUAUAAUUCAAAGACGGCAGAACAAACGCAAAGGUUGAAAUAUGGAGAUUUGGAGAUAGUAUUGAAAAAUGACCAUUUUGAAUUCGUUUGCAAAGGUGGUGCAGUGAUAUCAAAUAUAAAAGAAAUUUUAUUUAUGAAUUCUAAAAUUAAAGGUAUAACGGAUGAUAUAACAUCAAUUCCACCAGAAGAACAAAGAUAUUAUGCAUUAAAUGCAUUUCCCAAAGUUUUGAAGAUUGGAAGAUUUAAUUUAAAUGAGGAAUUCAUAAAAGGUUUCCUAAAUGACAUAAUGAAGAAAGCAGAUAAGGAAUAUGUGGAUAGUGAGUUAGAGGAGAAAGCAGAUAAGGGACUUGUGGUUAGUGAAUUAAUGAAGAAGGCAGAUAAGGAAUAUGUUAAUGAAAAAGAUAAUGAAAUUAUAGAAAGGGUUGAAUGGUAUCAUGAACGGACAUCGAAGAUUCUUAAAACUAAAGCUGAUACAGGAUGGGUUUCAGGAUGUUUAGACCUUAAAGCAGAUAAAACUUAUGUUAACGAUGAGUUAGAGAAGAAGGCAGAUAAGGAAUAUGUGGAUAGUGAGUUAAAUAAGAAAGCUGAUAUAUUUGUUAAUGAAGAAAUAAAACAAUCAGAGGUCUAUUUUACUCCACCAUUUUUAAAUUUUAUGAAAUCAUCAGAUAAAACCUUUGAUAUAAAUUCUUUUGAAUGGAUAUGUUUCGAUGGAGUGACCAUGUAUUUAUUUUAUACAGCUGGAGUGCUUUAUUAUUUUAAAACAAAUGAUUUUAAAAACUAUGAAUCAUUUACUCCAUCUGUUUUGAAUCCUGAUACACGAAAGCCAAUCAUUAAUCCAAGAAUUUUAUAUGUUGAAUAUAAUAACGGUAAAUUUAUGGGAAUGAUAACGGUUGGAGAUGAUUUUUGCCCUUGUUAUUCAUUCGAUUGUAUCCAAUGGUUCAAAUGUAAUUUAAAUCAAGAUGCUAAAUUUAAAUUUCCAAAUAA